CUUUAACAAUGGGCGGCGCGAGCGCCCGGGCGCUGGGUCCGAGUUGAGGCCGGCGCUGGGCGGCCGACUGUCUGCAGCAUGAGCGGGGCCGGCGUCCCCCGCCUGCCGGCGGGGCUGGGGCUGUGAGGGCCUCGGUUCCGGACUGAAGUGGCCUCGUCCGGCCCGGCGCGCCGCCCGGUCCCAUGGAGCUGGAGGGGCAGUGGUGGCGGGGACAGCUGGCUGCUGAUAUUCACCAAGCCCUUCGGUACAAGGAGCUGAAGUUACCCUCCUAUAAAGGCCAGUCCCCUCAACUAAGUCUCAGAAGGUAUUUUGCUGACUUGAUUGCCAUUGUGAGCAAUCGCUUCACACUCUGCCCUUCUGCCCGACAUCUUGCUGUCUAUUUGCUGGACCUAUUUAUGGAUCGGUAUGACAUCUCUAUCCAGCAGCUUCAUUUAGUUGCACUUUCCUGUCUGCUUCUGGCAAGUAAAUUUGAAGAAAAAGAAGAUAGUGUGCCUAAGCUAGAGCAGCUCAACAGCCUGGGUUGUAUGACUAAUAUGAAUCUAGUAUUGACAAAACAAAAUUUGCUACAUAUGGAACUAUUAUUAUUAGAAACUUUUCAGUGGAACCUCUGCCUUCCAACAGCUGCCCAUUUCAUCGAGUAUUAUCUCUCUGAAGCAGUACACGAAACAGAUCUUCAUGAUGGCUGGCCAAUGAUUUGCUUGGAAAAAACUAAACUCUACAUGGCCAAGUAUGCAGAUUACUUCCUAGAAGUAUCUUUGCAAGAUUAUGCCUUUCUAAAUUAUGCACCUUCUUUAGUAGCUGCUGCAUGUGUGGCUUCUUCAAGGAUUAUACUUCGUCUUUCUCCAACGUGGCCUACAAGACUUCAUCGUCUUACUGCUUACUCCUGGGAUUUCUUAGUGCAGUGCAUUGAACGGCUAUUGAUUGCUCAUGAUAAUGAUGUGAAAGAAGCAAACAAACAAAGAGGACAAGCAGUACCUCAGCCAGCACAACUAAGUGUGUUCCAGACAACAUCCCAGCCCUCUCGGUCAGUUCACUUUCAACAACCUCAGUAUCUCCAUCAGACGCAUCAGACCUCACUGCAGUAUCGCCAUCCUGUAUCAGAGCAACCAAGCUGUCAGCAGAUUGUAUCUACCACACACACCUCAUCUUACACACUACAGACAUGUCCUGCUGGGUUCCAGACUAGUGUUCAGGGCCUUGGGCAUGUGCAGACUGGUGUUGGGAUGUCACUGGCAAUACCAGUGGAAGUUAAGCCCUGUCUAAAUGUUUCUUAUAACCGGAGUUAUCAGCUAAAUGAACAUUUCCCUUGCAUUACUCCAUGUUUUGAAAGGUGAUUUUGUGUGAUGGUAAUGGUAACACCUAAUCCAGACUGUUUUGUGACUUGAAGCUGUGGGCCAGCUUUUUGUAAACUUCUCUAAAGGGAUUCAAAUUGCAUCAGAACUCUUUAAAUAGCAGCACCAGGAAGACUGAAUAUCCUUUUGAAUGCACCAUGAAUACCGGGAGGACUAAGCACACACUUUAACAGUAUGUAUGUCAAAUUCUCUUAAAUAGCUACAUGACAAAAAUUUUAAGCCCCUGCUGAGGGUCCAAGUAUUUCAAAAAUAUUCAAUACAACAAAAUUUGGACAGUUUCUAUCCAUUUUGCUGUUUUGAAAGUUGACCUGUGGUGGGCUCUGCGCCUAAUGUUGGCUUAUAUUGUCAGAGAUUAAUAGUUGUCUGUGUACUUGCCAAACAGUCUUUUUAUGAAGGAAAGUUACAGUAUUAAUUUUUGAAGAGGUCCUUUUUUUUUAUUCUGCAGUUUUGAGUUAUAUUCUUGUUCUACAAGUGAUUUUUUGACUUAAGUUUAAACUCAUGAAUUGCCAUACCGAUCUGUACAGUAAAAAUAAAUUUUUUAGAUGAUUCUAUAUAACUUCCUAUCACAAGAUGGUAUAGGUACCUGAUUUAUGUACUAAAAUUAAGGAUGAAGUAGAUCUCUUAAAAUCAUGGCCAUAAAUUGUUUUUUUUCCCUAAGUGACCAACCUCAAAUCUUUAGAAUUAAAACACAUUUAUCUCAGGGAAUUUGUACUACUUGGAAACACUUAACUGUAAUGCAACAUGUUUUGGGAAUGUUUUAGUAUGAGCUACCUUUAUAACAUAGGUUAAAAUACUCCUGCUAGGAUGUAUUUUCAAAUGAGAACAUAAUUGUAGCUUUGAAUGAAUGAAAUGGUGGUUUCUAUCCUUCAUAAUACAUAUAUAGAUUUUGCAUUUCUCAGUGCAAUGAUUUAUACUCAGAUUUGAUUUUACUCUAAAGAAGUUUUUUUUUUUUUUUUAAGAUACUCAGAUUUGAUUUUACUCUAAAGAAGUUUUUUCAAGGGAAGGCAUAACUGUAAAAUGUCAGUACUAGAAUAAAGUUUUGUAGGUUUCUUUUUAAGUGAAUGUGGCCAGGGUAGUUCUCAGGUUGUGCUAGAACAGCACUUUGUUACAUGGAAGACAGGUUUUAUAAGCAACCUUUGUGUCCAGCUAGUCAGUAUAAGCAGGCAAGAGUAUUGAUUACUAAACUUCAGUAGCCAUUUUCAAUAGAUUGGCCCCAGAAACUGCCCUGGGACUUUUCACUAUACUGGUAAUGAGUGAAAACAGCAAUAAUAAGUCAUUACAGCAAGGGCAAUUUGAGGGUAAUGAGUUUGGAGGGAGUAAACAUAAAAAGAAAAAUCAUUGUAAUAACUGAAACUAUAUACAUUGUGCUCUUAUCUGUGGGAGAAGAGAGAUUUGGUGGAGGGAAGCUUUCUGAUUUAAAAAUUAGUAAGGUGUGUCUUUUUGUUGGUUUUUUUUUUUUUUUUUUUUUUUUUAAGAUAGCACUUGAAUAGAAGGGAAACUGCAUGGCAGGUAGGCGACCGCCACAAUAUGCAUUGAAGACAAACAUAAAGAUGUGGGUAUGCAGCAAGAGUCUCAGUAAACAAGCCAAAUGGCUUCUGUUAGGAAGGGAAGGGACUCAAAAACUGAUCCAGAUGGCUCCAGUGGAUGUGUGGGUGGGUGGCUUCUGCCAGUGUGAAUUCUUAGAGAAUGUCCUUUCCUUAAAACAGAGGUAACCUUUAUAAUUAGAGUACAUAGGGCAUGAUGUGGAUUUAUUAGUCUGGUAGAUAAAAAUAAAAAAUUAAAAACCACUCAGGUAAGAACACUUACAUGGCAGUUUUCAAGCAUGAAAAUUGUUUUCUGAAAGUAUCAUCAUUUUUCCUCUUUAUAGAAGGCUGCUAAUUGAAUUUUGGUAGUUCUUACCUUAAGAGAACUUGAAUUAUUUUGGGGAAAGUGGGUUCAUUAGAAUAUAUCUUUAGUAUUCACAUUCAGAACCCAGCAACCUGGAGUCCAAUUUUCAGUGUUUUAACUACCUCAGUAAUACUAUGAAUGUAAGAUACUGGGAUAGAGAUCCCAACUUGAAACAACAACUGGUGCCUAUCGUAAUUUAAUGUAUUGUCAAAUGCUUUUAUUGAUUGGUUUAAAUGUCAUUCUUGUUAUAGAAUAUGCCUUUUUAAAAAGCUUAUAAUAACCCACUCCCAGUUUAUAUUUAAAAAAGCUAAAGAACACUGGAUUACUUUGGGGGGGGGGUAGAAUAAAAUAAUUGGUUAUUAUUGCUGCAUACCCAGGGUGGGGUGGGAUGGGGUUGUUGGAGAACCAGAACUAUUUUUAAAACAUUAGAUUUCAGUAUGAAUUCAAGUCACAACUGCUAGCUUUGGGAGGUGUGGGUGGGGGGAGUUAUGUGGGUUUUGUUUUGUUUAACUUAUUGACUAGUCUUUAAAGUAGGUCUUCUUUUUUUUUUAUAUAUUACUGGACCAUCAUUAAAUGUGUACUGUGAAGAGAUUAAUGAUGUGUAUAAAGGGCUUUACCAAAGUCCACUGAAUAAACACUACUCAAAUACAGACUGCAAACCAAAUGUAUCUGUUAUAACAUUAAAAUGCAAAUGGCGAGUAUGGUGCUAAAGUCUACACCAGUGGAGUUAGAUGAGUGCUAUGCACUUAAUUUUAAAAUAAAACUAGUUUUCAAUAAAA